AUGUCUGGAGAUACCUACAAUCUCGUUCAAACGCGCUACGGGUCUAUUGCUAAAUACAGUGAUAACACCCAGUCGAGCGAAGUAGAAGAGAAUAUCGCCAGGGCAUUCGGCUACACUGCGGGGGAUCUUAGUGCGCUGCCAGAGAAGGCAAACCUCGGGUCAAGCUGUGGAAAUCCCGUUGGUUUCGCGAACUUGAAAGAGGGCGAAACGGUUCUGGAUCUUGGCAGUGGCAGCGGUAUUGAUGUCCUUCUGGCGGCUCGUAAAGUUGGCCGCAAUGGACAGGCCAUCGGCAUUGACAUGACAGAAAAUAUGAACCAACUCGCCAAGAAGAACAUCCAAAAGGCAGGCCUGUCCAAUGCAAAGGUCGUCGAAGCCAAUGUCAACUGCAUACCGCUGCCUGACUCCAGCAUUGACUGCAUUAUCAGCAACUGUGUUAUCAACCUGGUGCCGGCGACAGACAAAGAGACCGUUUUUGGAGAGAUUGCUCGACUCCUCAAGCCUGGUGGAAGAGUAGCAAUCAGUGAUAUCCUGGCUAGGAAACCGCUCCCGGCUACCAUUACCAAAAACAUGGCCCUUUAUGUUGGGUGUGUUGCUGGGGCUAGUCAGAUUGGAUUGUACGACGAGUAUCUCAGGCAGGCCGGAUUUGAAGGCGUGUUUAUUGUGGAUACCAAAUCGGACCUCAACCUCUAUAAACAGUCGUCGUAUUUACCCCAGAGCUCGUGCUGCAGCGGCGGAUGCGGUAUUGAGUCUCCGAAUGCGAUAGCAGAGUUGGACUUCAACGAGUGGGUUGGCUCUUUCCAAAUAUAUGCCGUGAAGCCCAAGAUGGCUUGGUUGAAGGAAUCACCUGUAGAAGAGCUGGAGUUCCUUGGUGCCUACCACCCAGAUAAUCCUGUAGCCUUGCCUUGA